AUGAUUGGUAGCUUGCAAAUUGUCUCUCCACCACCUCCGGCGACAAGAUUCCGGCGACAACGACGGAUAACGGCGAACGGAGAUGGGUAUCCGGCAUUUCUUCCGAAGGAGGUGAAGAACAUAAAAGAUCCAUUCGCAAGAGCUUUAGCUCAAAGAAUCAUUGGAAACUUUAAAGGUUGUGUAAUGAGUAGCUGCAUUAAGCCACUUGUUCAAUUACAUGACAAUAGUCCUGUAGUUCUUCUCCAUUGUUUCGACAGACGUACUUAUCCUCUGCUUGAACAAGCUAGUCUUGAGACUUGGGCUAUUGAUGUUCUUGGUUGGGGAUUUUCAGAUCUUGGGAAACUUCCACCGUGUGAUGCAGCAUCUAAACGACGUCAUCUAUUUGAGCUUUGGAAAACAUAUAUCAAACGACCAAUGAUUUUGGUUGGACCAAGCUUAGGAGCAACCGUGGCUGUUGAUUUCACUGCUACUUACCCGGAAGCUGUUGAUAAAUUGGUUCUCAUUAACGCCAAUGCAUAUUCAGAAGGAACCGGUCGGCUUAAAGAGUUACCAAAAUCAAUUGCUUACGCUGGGGUUAAGUUGUUGAAGUCAUUCCCUCUUCGCCUUUUGGCAAAUGUGUUAGCCUUUUCUUCAUCGCCCUUAUCCGAGAAUAUAGAUUGGACUAAUAUUGGCCGGUUACAUUGUCAAAUGCCGUGGUGGGAGAAUGCAAUGGUCGAUUUUAUGAUUAGCGGAGGCUAUAACGUCGCUUCACAUAUCAAAUUUAUCAACCAUAAGACGCUCGUCGUAUGCAGUGAGAACGAUCAAAUCGUUAGCAACCAACUCUCAGUUAAAUUGUUGUGCGAGCUACAAAAUGCGGUUUUCCGGGAAGUACUAGAUUCCGGUCAUCUUCCACAUGUUGAGAACCCUAAACAGAUCGUGAAGCUGAUAUCAGAUUUCGCCAGUGGAAAUAUCAACUGA